AUGAGUUUCGAACCCCACGAGUUCAACUCUUUGGGGAACACUGAUGCUCCUCUGACCAUUUGCACUGCUAAUUCAUACUACAGUCCAACUGGAAAAGGGAACAUUGUUGUGAAAGGGGAGAGGGAUCAACCGGAGCCCACAACUAAUCAAUGGGCACACUCUCAGAACAUUGUUGUAAAAGUGGAGAUGGAUCAACCGGAGGCCACAACUGGUCAAUGGGCACAUUCUCAGAACGGCGUGACGUAUAUCAAGGAAGAGUAUCCGUCAGAAUACCAAAUCUCUAAUGGAUCGGCUCAAAACGGAAACGCAAACUACGUUGAUCCUGUCACCAAUCGACGUUACUUCAACAACGUCAAUAGCUACAAUCAUCAGCAGUUCUAUGAAUCCCGAGCAAGCGUCAGUUCUCCGGCAACAAGUGUAACCCUAUCAAAUUCCUCAUUGUCACCUGAUUCUUUAACGAACGGUCCUGUCACUCAACGUCAUACUAUCGGGAAGGCACCCACAUACUGCAAAGUCUGCGGAGACAAAGCGAGUGGCUAUCAUUAUGGAGUGACGUCAUGCGAGGGUUGCAAGGGCUUCUUCCGUCGGAGCAUCCAGCGAAAGAUUGAUUACCGAUGUUUGAAACAGCAAAUCUGUGAAAUCCGUCGUGACAGUCGCAACCGAUGCCAAUACUGUCGAUUCCGAAAAUGCGUCGAGGCAGGAAUGUCAAAAGAUUCUGUCCGUCAUAUUCGAUCGAAAAACAAAGAGCAACAUUUGAGUCCAAACUCCGAUGGUUUUGUCUCUACCAGCUCAUCCCCAGAACCAAAUGAGAGAUGUCUCGCGAUUGCCGAAAAAAUCAUCCAGCUUCACAUGUCGCACAGCAGCUACACCGAUCAAAAAGUCAGAAGCAUGAUCGCCAAAAGUUUCAACUUGGAAUGCAGUAAUGAUCUCAAAACAAAUCGUCUCAAUGCAUGGCAAAUCUACGCACAUGAGAUGGAUCGUGAAAUUCAAAAUGCUGUCGGUUUCAUUCGGGAUCUUCCACAAUUGUCAUUCCUCCAGGGCAACGACAAAGCAGUUCUUCUGAAGACUAACAUGUUCCCAAUCUAUCUUCUAAGAGUUUGCCGAGCAUUGUCAGCAAAGGGAUUGAUGUUGGAAGAUGGACGGCUCAUAGAUUUCAAAGCACUGACACUUUUGUACGGAGCCUUGGCUGAUGACAUGUUAAAAAUCACCAACUACAUUCUAUCCAUUGGAACCACCGACCACGAUCUUGCAUUGUUUAUUGCUCUGAUGCUCGUACAACCACUCAAUCCGGCACAUGAAACGUCAAGUCGCUUCCGGAGUGCCAUUGAAUUGGUCAACAUCCACGAUUUGUAUCAACAAUCACUCCAAAUCAAAAUGAUGGCUAGACCCGAUGGGCAUGAGGUUUUCGGCAACCUUAUGAAAGUGAUACCGUCGCUGAACAAGCUCAACGAAAUGCAUGACAAACUCAUCAAUCAGAUGCUUCGAGAAAACAGUGCAAUUCUUCAUCUGCCAGUACUCUUCACCGAAGUUUUCCGAAUCGUUCCAGAGGCCGUACCGGUUACCUACAACCAAGAGAACCAAUACUCCCAUCAUCCAGCAUCACAAACUGCAAUUGAAUGCUAA